GUCGCAAACAUUACAGUUUGAUUCUGUCAGGUAUAAGUCAUGAAGGUGCUAAUCGCUCUGUUUGCUUGCAUAGUGGUAGCUACCGCUUUUGACUGUUUCGGUCAGAACAGCUCGUGCGCAAUGUCCCACGUGAAAUGUGAUACAGGAUACGAGCCAUUUUGUGAGCAUAUGCCGAAUCCAAUGGGGCAGCGUGUUGGCAUCUGCACGUGCGACAAAGAAUGUCAGUCAGCCUCCGAAUGCACAAACCUGGAAGCGGACGGCUGUCCCCCACACGCCCACGCCAUGUGCGACCAGAUGAACCACGUGUGCCACUGUGGACCACCGCACACAAACCAGGACCCUAUCAACGACUCUCAUUAACUGCGCCGUUUUUGUUUAAAAAAAUAAAUGAAAAAGAAAAACAAACAAA